GCCCUGGACACGAGCCAGCACUGGGGCUUCCUCGCGGGCAUGCAGCCGCGGCGCGACCUGUACCAGCUUGAGCAGGAGCUGAGGAAGGGCAAGUGCGAUAUUGUGAUCAGCGAGGAGGGGCGGGUGCUGCGCGUGGUCUCCCUGUGCCUCGCGCGCCUCACGCGCGCGGACGGCCGCGUCCUGGCCGAGCUCGGCGACAUGAAGGACGGCAGGCUCUCCAUGGGCUGCAAGCUGCCCGGCACAAAGGUGCGCAGCCAGGAGCUCCCGCACGAUGCGCUCAGGCGGUUCAUCAGGAAGCAGUUCGCCCAUCUGGAGCCGGAGAAGCUUGUGGAGCUGGAGGAGUCCCUGAUCAGCCAGGCGACGCGGGAGGUCAACAGCGAGGAGAAGGUGUCGCAGAACUACGGGAUCAACUCCCGCGCGAUGGCGGGCUUGCGCAACGAGUUCCGGAUGCAGAUCGAGUCCGAGUUGUUCUCUCAAGACGGGUCCAGGGCCCUCGCGAGAAGCUCCAGCAGGACCUCUGGCCGCUUCGGGUUCCGGAGGAUCCAGGGAGAGUCCGCGGAGUCGCUCCAAGUGGCCCAGUACGAGGCGUUUGCCAAGAUCGACCCCGAGGAGCCCGACAAGGUGACUGUGAUGGAUCGACCCCGGGGCGCUCGCCUUUCUCAGCUCCAGCGCCGGGGAUGCCAAGGUGAGGGAUUGGGUGUACAGCCUCCAGCACGAGCUCGCGGAACUCUUCGAGGGCACUCCUGCGAGCAGCAGCGCCGGCAACAUGGCCCGACAAGGCUCCUUAAUCGGCCGGCGGCUCUCGCGGAAACCCCCGCCCAUGAUGGCGGUGUGAGGCUUCGCCCAGCGUCGCGGUUUCCACGCGGCGUUUUCUUGCACGGCCUCCUCGUCAAUCCGCCCUCCUUCC